AUGUCGUUAUCGGAUUCGGAGACCUAUGGCGGUGCGGCGGAGUACAAGCCCUUCCGCCAAAUCAGCCGUGAUAGACUAUUGUAUGAAAUGCUUAGAUCGGCAAAAUCAGGGGAUUCGAAAGCCUGGAAGGUGCUUAUAAUGGAUAAGGUCACGGUGAAAGUUAUGUCACAUUCAUGUAAAAUGGCAGAUAUUACAGACCAAGAAGUUUCCUUGGUGGAAGACCUUUUCCGGAGAAGGCAACCACUACCAUCUAUGGAUGCUGUUUAUUUCAUCCAGCCUUCAAAAGAGAAUGUAGUCAUGUUCUUGUCUGAUAUGUCUGGAAGGGAGCCCCUAUACAGGAAAGCCUAUGUAUUUUUCAGUUCACCAAUCCCAAAGGAACUUGUAAACCACAUAAAGUGUGAUACAAGUGUCUUACCCCGCAUAGGUGCAUUGAGAGAGAUGAAUUUGGAAUACUUCCCAAUAGACGGCCAGGGGUUUAUCACUGAUCAAGAUACAGCAUUGGAAGAACUUUAUGGCAAUAUUGAGAAUACUCGCAGAUUUAAUACGUGCUUGAAUAAUAUGGCAAUUCGAAUAGCUACAGUUUUUGCUUCAUUGAAGGAGUUACCGUUUGUGUGGUACCGUGCUGCAAAAGAAAGUGACGAGUCUACACCAACAGGUCGUGAGUUAGUUCCUACCAAGCUUGCUGAAGCUGUUUGGGACAUGGUUUCUAAAUAUAAAUCUACUAUUCCCAACUUCCCACAAAGUGAAACUUGUGACCUGCUCAUUGUUGAUAGAUCCAUAGAUCAGAUUGCUCCUGUCAUUCAUGAGUGGACCUAUGAUGCUAUGUGCCAUGAUUUGUUGAAUAUGGAUGGAAAUAAAUAUAUGCAUGAGGUUCCCAGCAAAACAGGGGGUCAACCUGAGAUGAAGGAGGUCGUUCUAGAAGACCAUGAUUCAGUCUGGCUUGAACUUCGCCAUACACAUAUAGCAGAUGCUAGUGAAAGACUACAUGAAAAGUUUACCAACUUCGUAUCAAAGAACAAAGCGGCACAAAUCCAACAAAGUGGAAGAGAUGGUAGUGAAUUAUCUACAAGAGAUUUGCAAAAAAUGGUUCAAGCUUUGCCCCAAUACACUGAGCAAGUGGAAAAGAUUUCACUCCAUGUAGAGAUCGCAGGAAAAAUCAACAAAAUUAUCAGAGAAACAGAACUUCGAGAGCUUGGACAGUUGGAGCAAGAUCUUGUUUUUGGGGAUGCUGGAGCCAAGGACGUUAUUAGCUUUUUAAGAACAAAGCAGAACACAACUCCUGAAUAUAAGUUGCGUUUGUUGAUGAUUUAUGCAUCUGUCUAUCCUGAAAAGUUUGAGGGGGAUAAAGCUACAAAGCUAUUGCAGUUGGCAAAACUAUCACCUGAUGACAUGAAAGUUAUCAGUAAUAUGCAACUGCUGGCAGGAUCAUCAAACAAGAAGUCAUCUGCUGGUGCUUUCUCACUCAAGUUCAGUACGCAGAAGACAAAGCAAGCAGCACGCAAAGAUCGUACUGAAGAGGAAGAAACAUGGCAACUAUUUCGAUUUUAUCCCAUGAUAGAGGAGCUCAUUGAAAAUCUCAGUAAAGGUGAAUUGCCAAAGAAUGAAUAUUCGUGUAAAAAUGAACCAAGUCGUACUGCCCCAGAGGGCUCUGCUAGAAGCACCCAACGCACCCAGACAGCUCCAACAACUGCUCCUCAUUCGAUGAGAUCUAGGCGGACAGCAAACUGGGCACGGUCUCGUACUUCGGAUGAUGGAUAUUCAAGUGACUCCACGUUGAAGAACGUUUCUACUGAUUUCAAGAAGAUGGGAAAGCGAGUCUUUGUGUUUGUUAUUGGUGGGGCUACUCGAUCUGAGCUUCGAGUUUGUCACAAAAUGACAACAAAACUAAAGAGGGAAGUAAUCCUAGGCACUACUUCCAUGGAUGAUCCUCCACAAUAUCUAACGAAAUUGAAGUCAUUGUGCGACAACAAUAUUGCAACGAGUCUGAAUGGUCUCGGGAUAUAA